AUGUCGUCUCACUCAGCAGCAACAACCUUGCCCGAAGCGGCCGGAUAUGGAGUCGUCAUCGGGGUUGGGUUUUUCUUCGCCUUCGUCAUGAUGGGCAUCUCGUACAUGCAGAACCGCUACACGAGAUUCUCUACCAAACAGAGCGAAGAGUUCAACACGGCCAGCCGGAGCGUCAAGCCAGGCCUGAUUGCGAGUGGUAUCGUGUCGGCAUGGACGUGGGCGGCGACGCUGCUCCAAAGCAGCACCGUGGCAUACACAUACGGCGUCGCAGGGCCCUUUUGGUAUGCAGCCGGGGCUACGGUGCAGAUUCUGAUGUUUUCGAUUCUUGCAUGUAAAGUCAAGCAGAAUGCUCCGCGCUGCCACACGUUUCUCGAAAUCAUCUACACGCGCUACGGCAGAGUCACUCACAUGAUUUUCGUCUUCUUUGCUCUGGUCACCAACAUCCUGGUUGGCAGCCAACUGUUGCUUGGCGGCAGUGCGGUCGUAACGAACCUGACAGGGAUGAAUGUGUACGCGGCCAUCUUCCUGAUUCCGACGGGAGUGUGUGCUUAUGUCGUCCUCGGAGGAUUGAGAGCUACCUUUCUCUGCGAUUACUCGCACACGUUGAUUUUGAUGAUCAUCAUUCUCUUCUUCAUGUUCCAUGCGUACGCUACGAGCGACCUCAUCGGAUCGCCCUCUCAGAUGUAUGACCUGCUCAAGCAAGCAGCAAUCGAGAGACCGGUAGACGGCAACAAGAACGGCAGUUAUCUCACCCUAAAAUCCAACUUUGCUCUGGUCUUUGGUGUAAUCCAGCUCUGCAGCGGCUCCGGUACCGUCUUCCUCGACCAAGCCUACUGGCAACGCGCCAUCGCGUCCCGGCCAUCGACGGCAGUGCGAGCCUACAUCCUCGGCGGCCUCGCGUGGUUCGCCAUCCCCUUCGGCUUCUCAACGACGCUCGGCCUCGCCGCCGUCGCACUAACCUCGAACCCGCACUUCCCCACCUACCCAGACGUGCCCAGCGAAUCGCAAAUCUCCGCCGGGCUCGCAGCGGCCUUCUCCGCGUCAGCACUACUAGGAAAGAGCGGCGCGGCGGCGCUGCUGGUCGUGCUCUUCAUGGCCGUGACGUCGUGCGCGUCGGCCGAGCUCAUCGCCGUGUCGUCCAUCCUCACCUUCGACGUGUACAAGACGUACAUUUCCCCCAAGGCUUCCCCGGAGCGCCUUAUCGCCGUCUCGCACGCCAUGAUCUGCGUCUUCGGCGCGACAAUGGCCGUCUUCGCGUGCGUGUGGAACGCUGCGGGUAUCGAUCUUGGUUGGCUGUUCCUCGUCAUGGGGUUGCUGAUCGGCGGCGCCGUUUUCCCGGCCGCCUUUGCUGUUACCUGGCGCGGGCAGACGCGGAAUGGGGCUGUGGCGGGCGCGCUAGGCGGGUUGGCCGUCGGGUUGGCGGCGUGGUUGGGUACGGCGAAGGGCUUGUAUGGUGGGCUGAGCGUCGAGGCGACGGGGAGGGAGUAUCCGACGUUGGCGGGGAACUUGGGCGCGGUGGGCAUGGGGCUGGUCCUGAGCGUGGGCGUGAGUCUGCUGUGGCCGGAUGAGAGGCCGUUCGACUGGGAGGCGACGAGGGGGAUCAAUGCUGCGGCUGCCGCUAUCGACGGCGGUGUCAGCGCUGCUGAGACGACGAAUACGGUGGAGGGAGACUCUGGCACUACAACGCCCAUGACGACGGCGGCGGCGAAAGAAGAGAAGGAGGGGAACGAGAAGGACGUCGACACGAAGCAGGCCGCCACCGCCGCCGACGACGCGCCUGCCGUGGACACUGACACGGGCAAGGUCGACGACGUGCACAUCAUCGGCGAGCCGCCCGCGCCGGUGGACGACGACGACCCGAAGUCGCUGCGAGGCGCCUUCCGCAUCGCCUGCGUGGCGUCGUUCGUGCUCACCUUCAUCAUGGACUUCCUCGUGCCCAUGCCCAUGUUCUUCGCCGAGUACGAGUUCUCCAAGCCUUUCUUCACGGCCUGGGUCGUCAUCAGCUUCAUCUGGGUCUUCGCCAGCACCGCCAUCUCGUGCGUGCUGCCCAUUGUUGAGACUGCGGGAUUUUUCGGCGAAUUGUGGAGGAGCGUCGUGGCCGAUUUUAGGGGAAAGGCUGCAAGUUGA